CAUCAUUCUUUCCAUCCCAAAUUCUUUAUCUUAUUUUAAUUUUGUUGAAAUUCCAUUCACAUUUUAUGAUGUCUCAUGUAUAUAUAUGCAACUCUCUCAACAAACACAUAAUAUAAAUAUAUUUACCUACAUCAGAUUCUUCAUACACAUUGUAAUCAAUAGACCAUAGAGAUUUACAUGGCGACUUCUACCUUCUCUUCUCGUGGGGCACAAACCAUGAACACCAUGUUCGUCAAGCCGAUGCUUAGGAAAUCAAUUCACAAGAAGAGUGCCUCGCAUGAUAUAGUGAGGGAUACGGUGAAGACUGAGGGCUCUAGCUCCGGAGAGGAGGUGAAGACGAUGAGAGGCUUCUACGGCGCCGGAGAAACGUCGUCGCCGGCGAGUAGUUGGGUGCCACAUGAAGGUACGGGAAUAUACUAUCCAAAGGGACAAGAGAAAGUGAUGCAAGAUGUGCCUCCUCCUCCAGCUGGCAGCCACGCGGACGAGCUCGUUAAUUGGUUCUCUUGAUCCAUUAGUCUCGAGUGACUCUCUUCUCAUCUCGAUCUCGUCGAAGACUCGAAGUCUCUAUAUUAUUGUCUAUUGUUCUAAUGGGAAACCAUAAAAUAUAUGUGUAAUUAAGUGGAAAUAUAUUGUCAUAUAACCAAUGAUAAUGAAUAAUUAAUGAUGAUUACAAAAUGAGUUACGUACCAAACUACC